CUUGCAUUGCACCAGCAACCCGAACUUCUUCGCGAUCCUCUUUUGCCCAGCAGUCUGCCUGACACCAAGCAGCCGAAAUCUGAAAAGAUGGAGAAUCUGAACCUAUACGGCAAUACAAGCAGCGAUCUGACGAGACAUCCCGUGAUAGGCAUCUUGUAGAGCUUGAAGACAACCCUGAGCAACCGUCUAUUGUCUUGCUGGGAGAUUCCAUGAUUGAACGCAUGAUCACAACUGGCUUAUCUCCCAGCUUCGACCAAUGGCCUUCUGCGACGAUGAUCAGCGAUGAAACCAUGGCUCAGCACCAACUUCAAACCCCUUCGGCCAGCCCUGGACGCUUACAAGGCGUCUUCAACGCUGGCUUGGGCGGCGACAAGUUCGAAAACGUCAUCUAUCGACUCACCAGCUCAUCAGAGCCCUCGAGGCCCAUUGGCGGUCUACUGGAAACCCAUCGGAACCGUACUGUCAAGUUAUGGGUGUUGCAUGUGGGCACAAACAACCUGCACCCCAAGCGCGGAAUGAGGGAACCCGACAUGGCGCUACUUCACUUGAUUGUCGAGGCUUUACUCGAGAUGGGUGGGAAGAUGCUUCUCGUCGGGCUCUUCAGGAGGAAGGACAUCAAGGAUGAGCUGGUUGAGAAAGCGAAUGUGAAUUACCUCGAGCUUGUUCGAGAGUUCCAAAAAAAAAAAGAUCAGGCCGGAUAGAGUUCUUGGCGCCACCCUCAGUUGAUAUGGUUGAGUGUUUGGCAGACCACGUCCAUCUGAACGAGAGGGGUUAUAAAAUCUGGUCCAGGGUUCUGUUUAGAGCAGUCACGAAUGCUAUGAAGUAAUGAGCUUCGAAAUGCAAUACUUCAAUCACCCCCAUCAUUA